CGGCGUGGCACUCAGCGAAAAUAAACAUAGUUACAUGCUCUAGUCUAUCGUCCUCCUAAAUAAAAGCAAAGAUGUCGUCCGUUCAGUAUUUAAGGCACUUCGUGAACGAGAGACUCACUGCUGCCGCUGAGGAAAUAUUUGGUGUGUUUGAAAGAACGAUCAUUGAGUACCAGGAGGAGCUUCAGCGUCAACGUCGAAUGGUGGACAACCUCAGCACUCCCCAAAUAAAGUUGGACAGGAUAGAGGUCCAACAUGAGGAAAAGGAGCAGAUUUGCACUGACCAGAAGCUUUAUAAGCAAGAGGAGGAAUCCUCCGUGGGCCAAGAUCAACCAGAACCUCUACAGGAUGUGGUCUCCAGACACGAAAUGCAUUUAGAAAUACAACAAGUUGAUGAGGAACCGCAGCAUCUUGCUGACCAGCAGCUUUAUUGGCAGCAGCAAAAUUCUUUUGUGGACCAAGAGGAGCCAGAGCUUCAGCGGAUUAAAGAGGAGCCCGGCACCAGUCACAAGAGAGAAGAACUGGAUGCUUUCUUAUCCAUCCCUGUCCUCGAUGACAGUUACAAGAGCGGGGAUGCCAUCCCAUACUCGAGUCCUGUUGGAAGUCCAUCAGAGGACGCACGUGCACACAAUGAGAUGAACAGAAAGUCUUUCAGGUGUGACUAUUGCGGAAAAGCAUUUGGUUUCAGGUGCAAGCUCAAAAGACACAUGAUGACCCACACUGGGGCGAAGCCCUACUCCUGCAAGACGUGCGGCAAGGGAUUUAACCAAACGUCCAACUUGAAGAGACAUUUGUUGAUCCACACGGACGAGAAGCCGUAUGCCUGCAAAACAUGCGGAAAGCAAUUCAGGAAUUCGCACGAAGUCAUCACUCAUGCCAGAACUCACACGGGCGAGAGGCCGUACCCUUGCAACACCUGCGGGAAGAGGUUCACUCAGCUGUCAAUCCUCAAGCGACACGUCAUGGUGCACACCGGGGAGAAGCCGUUUCUCUGCAACACGUGCGGCAGAAGUUUCGGCGACUUGUCGGUGCUGAAAAGGCACGUGAUGGUGCACACGGGGGAGAAGCCAUACGUGUGCGACAUCUGCGGUAGGAGGUUCCGCGCCAAUAGCAACUUGGGCAUUCACAGAAGGAGGGUGCACGCGGCGAGGACUUCUCAUGAGUAGGCCCGGUUCUUGGACACUUGAAAUUGGAAGAACUUCAAGUUCAUCAUGGUAUGGCCUCCCAACAGACAACUUUGCAUUUGUUUAUCCAUUCAUCCAUUUUCCUAAGACGCUUAUCCUCACAAGGGUUGCUGGUGUGCUGGAGCCUAUCCCAGCUGUCAACGGGCAAGAGGCAGGGUACACCCUCAACUGGUUGCCAGUCAAUCGCAGGGCACAUGGAGACAGACAAAAGUCACACUCACAAUCACACCUAGGGGCAAUUUUGUGUGUCCAAUUAAUGCUGCAUGUUUUUGGGAUGUGGGAGGAAACCGGAGUGCCCAGAGAAAACCCACACAGGCAAGGGGAGAACAUGCAAACUCCUCAGAGGGAGGAUUGAACCCAGGUCCCCAGAACUGUGAGGCCACCGCUUUGCAGCUGUGCCACCAUGCCACCCGCAUUUGUUUUUUAUGUAUCGGAAAGCUAUGGAAUUUAUUUCCUCAAAAAGAAAUGAAAUCUCCAAAUUUUAUGGUUGUUUACUAACAAUGGACACAAAAUCAAGUCAAAAAUCAGAGGUGAUGAAAGUACUCAAACUCUGAUCAGUUUGCAGUAUUACAACUAAUAGCAAUUAUAAAAACAGUGGUACCUCUAUUUACAAAAGUCUCUACUAACAAAUUAUUCAGGUUAUGAAAAACAUCCCCGGAAAAUAUUUGUCUCCCGUUGAGAAAUGUAUAAUUUUGAAUUGAUAACUAUUUGAACCGUUGUUGACCAAAGCCACCCCCCUAUCUAAUAAAUUGUUAGCCAUGUUUACGGCGUUGAUAGCACGACUUAUAAUGGAGUUAUCCUAACGCAAAGGUUUUUAAGAUUUAUUCUUAGAAUGUACAAUCAAUUAGAAAUUGAGAAGGUUACAAACUCAUUUGUCAAGGAUAACUUCCCAGUUCUGCUUCAUUUCCAAAUCCCCUCAUCUGCCUGAGGUCCCUACACUUUGCUUCUGUUUGCAAGUCUUAUGUGGAGUCAUUCGCUAACAAGGGAUUUUUAUUUUUUAUUUUCUAAUUUCCUAGAAGUGCAAUUUCCCUCAUGGUUUCAGGAAAUCCCCCAAGUCCAUUGUAGCAGGUCUGUGCGAUGGUGUGAGGAGUUACCUGGUAGCAUCCUGUUAGCCAGGCCCUCUUAUCUCUGAAUGGUUGUUUUCCUUUGGGUGUGGUGGUUUCCUAAAGAUGGCAUGCUUUGGCAAUUUAGACAUCCAUUGAGUUGUCACGCUGUGGCGACCCCUAAUGGGACAAGCCGAAAGGAAAAGGAGAAGAGCAACUCUCUAACAGGGACAUGGUACAAAAGUGUCAAAUUCAUUUAAACAGUAAAAUACAUUUUUUUUUUCUUGUCAAGAAAAAGCCCCUUUAACAGCUACUUUUGUUUGACCCAGUGUUGUAUUUAGUUGGUCUAUAUUUGGCUUACCCCUCACCACUUUUCCUGUGAUUAGUUGCCUACAUGUCAAAGACCCAGUUGGUAAACACACGUAUGUGAAAUAUACUCCCUAAGCUGCGCAAUUGCACAUUUGCGCACUUGUCACACACUCUCAGUGCACAUGAAAACUGAUCCAGCGCAGUGAACCACAGCAUUUUUUUUUUUUUAAAAACACGGCAACACACGGUUCGAACUACCAGCUGCUGCUCGGCCAUGGGGCCAAGCACUGUACUUCCUAGUUUACCUGAAACCGCCCCCUCCGCUCUUAAAGGGGUACACUCAUAAUUACAAACACCGCCCACCACCAGUGCUUUAGUUAGCGACACUGUCUGGGCAACGUGAACCAAGAGAAACGGAUGGGGAUAUGAUUGUAGGUUUAAAAAUUAAAAAAUGAAACACAGUUGGAAGCGACCUUUCAAAUUCAUAGUUGGCUUGGUUUGGUUAGCAAUGCAUUUUUGUUGUUGUUGACAUUUUCAUUGUAAGUUUGGAAAAACAAAAUUGUUCUUAAAUGUUCUGAUGGGAAUGUAAAUGCUGUAAUCUGAAUCUGUUAAUGGGCCAUGUAGCUUCAACGGAUGACACUGAACU